AUGAGAAGAGUCCGUCGUAUCAUGAGUCUCGUUCGUUAUUGCAUUCCCUUAUUUGGUUUCAUGGCUGCUAAUUUUUUAGAACGUUUUCUAGGAUCAGAAGGAACCGCUAUAAUGAUCACAGGUAAAGAUCUAGUGUUUUUUGCUAUACUUCUUGUGACCUGGAUCUUUUUAUUUCGUCUUUUCUAUGUGUAUGGUCGUAUGAAUAAAAAGUACCGCUUUCUUUUGAAACUGAUGUAUGUAGCCAUUUUAUUGGCCAUUUCCAUGUUCUUCUAUUGUAUCCGCUCCCAUUUCCUUUUUUACUUGGGUCUCUGCCUAAGUGGAAUUCUUUGUCCUUUUGUAUUUGUAAUUAAUAAUGUUUCAAGUGGGGAAAUCGUUCCUUAUUACUCGGAAAACUCCGACUCCGAAGAUUCAUUUGGGCUCCAGGUCCUUGCGGAGCCUUGGCCCGUUACGCACAACCUCGCCUUUGAGUCAUCGAUGAGAAAUAGAAUUUUAGCCAUGGAAAACAAUCAUUCUAUUUUUCUCCUUGAUAAGGAAAGGGGGGUCUACUGGAACGAAAUCAAAACAGUUCUGGAUCAAGCUCCCUCUCAGGAAGAGUAUAACCGAUUACUCGAGUUUGAGAAUAGCGAUCUUCAGAUCCGGGAGAAGAAAGACGAGUGUUAUUCCUUGUUUAUAAAAGUACUUUCUGAGCAUCCCGACUUGCUCGAAAAUGCACAAUAUACUUCUCCAACGGAGGCCAUUAUUUCGUAUUUUGAAAAUACGAGAGAAGAACUCGAAACCGAAGAAGUGUUGAGCCCUGCGGAUACGGACAAGGCAGAAAUGAGGAUCUACGCCAAGAUCGUGAAAGAUAUCAAUCAAAAUGGACCCCAGUCUUACUAUAUAAAAAAGAUUUUGGGCUAUUUUGAUAAAGAUGGCGGUUUCUAA